AGUUCAACACACACACAUUUGUGAUUUGUUAGAUAGUGGUUGUCAAAAAUUCUAACCUUCAUUGUGAAGAGUUUUCCACACCAGGGGCAGAAAUAUUUGGCGUCGUGAUCUGGAUGUACUUUGUGUUUGUUUGAAAGUUCAUAAUGGCCAAGUUAAUAAAACUAUUUCACACUUCAACGCGAUAUUACUCAGGUGUAAGUGGGAAUAUAAAAGCUAGAAAAUAUGUGCUUACAAAAUAUUUUAAUGGAGAACCAAAAAAGUCAGAUUUUAAAAUUGUCGAAGAAGAACUGCCCGAGUUGAAAGAUGGAGAAAUAUUGACGGAAGCCGAAUAUCUCAGUGUCGAUCCAUACAUGCGGGCUUAUAUGAUUGGUUAUAAAUUGCCUACAGACAUGAUUGGAGGACAGGUGGCAAAGAUAAUAGAGAGCCGUAAUGAAAAGUUUCCUGUUGGUAAAUAUGUUGUAGGUCAAUUUGGAUGGCGCACUCACACAGUGUGCAACCCACACAAACCAUUAAAUCAAGUUUUUAUGCCGACAUUGUUAUUAAAUCUAGGUUCACAUCCCGUGUCUCUUGGUCUUGGAAUACUGGGUAUGCCUGGAAAUACUUCUUACUUUGGCUUGAAGGAAAUUUGUAAGCCAAAAUCAGGUGAAACUAUUGUAAUUACCGGUGCUGCUGGUGCAGUAGGUUCUCAUGUGGGCCAGAUUGGGAAAAUACUUGGGUGCAGAGUUAUAGGAUUUGCUGGCACUGAUGAAAAAUGCGAAUAUUUAACUAAAGAAUUGGGCUUUGAUCAUGCGUUUAACUACAAAACCACCAAUAUAAGAGAUGCAUUAAAAGAAGGGGCUCCUAAGAGAGUUGAUUGCUAUUUUGAUAACGUUGGCGGAGAGAUAAGUUCUACGAUUAUGAAUUACAUGAAUCAUUAUGGUCGAGUUGCUGUUUGUGGAUCGAUUUCUUCGUAUAAUGAUUCUAUUUUGCCUAAAGUGUCCAUUUUGCAACCUGCAAUAGUUUUCAAAGAAUUGAAAGUUGAAGGGUUUUUGGUGAACAGAUGGAUUAAUAGAUGGGAAGAAGGAAUCAAUGCUAAUUUGAAUUGGCUGGACGAAGGAAAGCUGAAGUAUCAAGAAAAAAUAUACCAUGGAUUUGAUAAUAUGGUAGAUGCUUUAAUUGGUAUUUUGAAAGGUGAAAAUACUGGAAAAGCUGUUGUGAAAGUUAAGUAAUUGUUAUAUAAAACGCCUAUCAAUAAACAAAAAAUACAUUUUUUCAACAUUAUAGUUUUCAUCAUUAAUACUUACCGGUAGUGCCACAUUAUACCGUAAAAUAAAAUAAAACCAGAACUGCACCUGUAGAA